AAUCGACUUGCUUGUCAGUGAUUGCACAAAAGUCUCCCCACGAUGUUCUCGAGGUCAUCUCCUGUCUACUCUCGAGGCUGUUGCUUCUUCCGUUGAGCAUAGCGUAGCUACGUUCGCCCUAAACCUCGUGUUUCGUCGCACAUGGUUUCGUCGCGAAGGCGUCGUUUCGCCGCGAAUGGCGCCGGUUUGACCGCCGAGGGUCCACUGGGGAUCCCCGUCGGCGUGCUAAUAGGAUUCGUCGCACUAGUCGCCUGCAUAAUCGCCACGGGUUACUAUGCGACGUCGCGUGCGAAUCAGGAGGUCGCAGAGGCGAAGGCGAAGCUCGCGGAGAUGGAGAGGCGAUGGGCGGAGAGAGGGGGGUUACCGCAGACAGAGCAGCCUGGGGGGCAGCCAGGGGGGUUAGGAACGGUACAGGCGGAAGGGAUUAAUCAAAUGAAGAUGGAUGCAGCAUCGUCCGCCAGUCUGGCCACAUGCCCUGCGGACUUGGUGCGCGCGAAGCAGCAGCUGCGGACGGCUAAGGGGUGGGUGCGGGAGGGACUGGAGCACUGCUCCAAGCUGAGGAAGAAAUACGGCAAGGCACGGCGCAAGUGGCAGGCGCGCAAGGGGGCGGGGGUUGGUGGUGGUGGUGGCGAUGGGACUGGUGUGUUGUUUGACAAACAUGGGCAUGGGGAUGGUAGUGGCGGUGAUGAUGAUAAGGAAGAUGAUGAUGGUGAUGCUGAUGACCAUGACCAUGACCAUGACCAUGACCAUGACCAUGAAGGCAAGCAUGCGCACAAGCAUGAUGCUGAUCAUGAUGACAAUCCCAAGAGGAAGUUUUCCAAGCAUGAUGAUGAUGAUGAGAAAGCCGAGAAGGACAAGGAAGACAAGGAAGAUCAGGAGGACAAGGAAGACAAGGAGGACAAGGAGGACAAGGAAGACAAGGAGGAUAAUGAGGAUGAGGAUAAGGAGGAUGAGCAUGGGAAGAACAAGCACAGGGAUGGUGAUGAGGGUGAUGAACACGAUAAGGGUACUGACGAGGACAAGAAAGAUGAUGACGAUGACGACCAUGAGAAGGGCAUCAAGGCUGGUAAGGUCGACAUGGGGAGAUGAAGCCGUCAGCGAACUAGACUAGUUGAUGUAUGCGUAAUGCAACAUGCCAUUCUUUGUUGGUGUUUAUCCUUGUCGAAGUAAGGUGUACAUACUGAACUGAGCUCCACAAAUGGACAUAUGCUUGAGCUUAUACAGG